CGUUACUGUGCUUUAUUUCAUUCCUAAGAUGUGUGUAUGUGUAAGGUGCAUGUACUUCCACUAUGUAAGCACAGGCUGGAGCUGCUGAUGGUCGGUGUGAGCUGGAGGCAGGAGACUGAAGAUGCUCUGGAGGAGGAACUGCAGGCACUCCUCCGGCCAGCAGCACCGGCACUCUGCAGAUCCUCCUGCUGGAUGUGAAUGAUAACGCUCCUCAGGUUUUCCCUCCAGAGGCCGAGAUGUGUGAGAAUUCAGAGAACAGCAUCAACAUCACAGCGCUGGACGCAGACACAGACCCCAACGCCGGACCCUUCGCCUUUCAGCUGCCUUCAGAGCCCGCAGACAUCAGGAGGAACUGGACCAUCACACGACUCAGUGACUUGACGGGGCUGAAAGAAGAGAAUGAAGAUAAAGAUCAGAAUGAGACGCAUCAAGAGGUUAUUACCGAGGACAAAUACUCACAGACUUCACAACAGAGAGUCUACAAGACUGAAACCAGGAGCCUGUUCAUCUGCCAGCAAUGCGGGAAGAGUUUCAACACAGAGAGAAAACUUAAAGUCCACAUGAAGAUCCACAGAGAGAAGCCUUUUACCUGCGCUCACUGUGGGAAGAGUGUUGGUGCUAAAGGAAAGCUGGAGAUCCACAUGAGGACACACACAGGAGAGAAGCCGUACUCCUGCCAGCAGUGCUCCAAGAGCUUCAGCACACAGAGGAAUCUCAGCGAACACAAGCGUGAGCAUUCUCGAGAGAAGCCCUUCACAUGUGACGAGUGUGGGAAGAGUUUCAGACAACUACGAACGCUUCAAGUCCACACCAGAACUCACACUGAAGAGAAGCACGACUGCCCCGAGUGCGGCAAGAGUUUCGGGAAGUACUGUAUUUAUAAGGUAUAAUUCACCCAAAAAUGUUAUUUCUGUCUUCAUGUAAUGUCCUAUUCGCGCUUGCGUAAUCACACGUGAGCUGAAUAAUUACUACUUUAGUGAACAGAUCCUGCAUAGGCUCAGAUGCACAGCUAAUAAAGUUGUAAAUAGCCUUCGGUUAUGUACAGAAGUGUG